GUGACAGUUGACUCUGAGUCUAGGCUCCGAGUCCGACUCCUAGUCAUUGUUGUCUUCAGACUUGCAUUGUUCAUGCAGCAUGCUCACAAUAUUCACACGCGCAGGAAGAACCGGCCCAAGUUCCCAGGUGUUCUUGUUCCUUACAAUGAUACAUGUAGCCUGUUGAUCAUUGUAGCUUGGAGCUUGUAGGUACAAGACUUGGUUGGCAGUGUGUUCAAUGUUGCAUAGCGUCAACGAAUGGGACAAGAGAAUUGGUAGUGUCAAAGGAGGUCCUUUGGGCACAGUUUGCACUGAACACAGGUGUGUUGGCUGCUUUGAAGCAGGAAUACGUGUGUUGCUAUCUAAGAUUCAAUAGCCGGGACAGAAGGCGUGUUCUUCGUAGUUUGCGGUCAGCGUUGCUACCGUCUUACUCGGUUUGAUCUUCACUGGUCCUUGGCAUGAGGCCACCAUACAGCAUUGUAGAACACAAUGGGCCCAAAGCACAAUCUUGAAGCCCAUUUACAUGCCGUCAGUGGACCAAAUAGAAGGGAUGCCCUCCGCGCAAACUUUCUGUACUCCCUCCCCGGCCAAAAUCGUUUCGCGGCAGGGGAGAAUGUGGGACACCGGGAUACAAACUACGCGUUCACACCAAGCACCCCCGAGAAGCUGGCGCUGGCGUCACAGGUGUGGCACCAGCUGAAGCAGCCUGUGGCCCGUAAUGGCAAUGGAGCGCCACCAGGGCACACUGCACCAGUUAAAGGGGGCCAUUCUUUCAGAACAGAUGCCACAGACUUUGAUAGACCAGGCAACAGCAGCUUUAGGAACUUAAAUGGGGUGAAGGCUGUCCAUAACGAGUACAGCAGCAUUUCGGGUCAGUACGAAGCCACGGUGCCUCUCGAUAGAAGUCAGCGACCCUCUGUUCCUAAUAAGACAGGAAGGCAAGAUUGGCAGUCUUCUUUCACUGGCAGUCACGCCACUCAGUCGUUCCAGAAAGCCAGCAGCGCCACAGUGACAAGCCAGCAGGUCACACCUCUAGGAGGAAAGUCAUUUGCAGACGAUGUAGCGUUCGUGAGAGAGACUUUUGCUAGGACCGGGGUCCACCAGGCUAGUAAUGGAGCGGGGCCAAGCUACGCAUCACCUAUGCCACAGACAGGCGCCAGGAACUGGGGCGAUGCUUCAACCACCCCAACAGCUGAAGAAAGCUUCGCCGAUGCAAAUGAGGACUUUGAUGAUGAAGAUCUGCUUGAGAGCAUUGAUCUCGACCAGGUCGUCGCUCAGUACCAGGAGCAACGGCUGUCAACCGCCAAGGUGCAGACUACGCCCGUGACAAGUUUCAGAACCUCUGGGGACUUUGCUGGCUCCCAGUCAACUUUCCAACCGUCCGCCAGUCAGGCAGCUCCUGUGCCCCCGGUCUUCUGUUCCCAUGGACUGCAGAUGCAUCUUUGCGGAGAGGCCAGCUCCCACCUGCAAGACAUGAAGGACGAACUGCUCCAGAUCUCGGAGGAACUUCUGGACGACGACGGAGAAAUGGACCCCAAGCUGUCUGAAGAGCUGCGAACCAAGCGGAGCCGCUUGAGCCGCGAGAUCAAGGCCCUGCAGCAGUUGCUCUCCGCGGACGAAGAGCGCCGCCGUUCGCAUGCCGCCGCUUCCUCCCCCUGGGGGCCCAGCCCCGCUGGCAUUCCGCCCUCUUCCGCUCGAUCCGCCGGAACGAACGGAACCCCGGUCCCUUCAACCCCUUUCUCUUUCCACCCACCGACCACGUCAGCACAAGCAACGACACCGGGGGUGCAUCCAACUUCUUGGCAGGCCCCCCCUGCAGCGGCGCCGGCUUCUAAUUUCCAGAAUGACUAUGGUUCCGGGGGUGCCUGGGCGGCGGAUCCGGCUUCGGGCGGAAUGGACAGAGCGAGGCCGGAAUUGGCUGCGGUUCCUUCGAGAGAGGUAGACUUUACGGUCCCACGCCAGUUUCGGACGGUGUCGUACACGGACGGCGUACAGGAUCCGCAGUGGAAGAGGACCGACUUCCCGUGGAGAAGGGAGAUCGAGAGAUUGAACUUGACCCGGUUUGGAAACCAUCAGUUCCGAGCCAACCAGAGGGAGAUCAUCAACGCGACUCUGAGCAACCGAGACGUCUUUGUGCUGAUGCCCACCGGGGGUGGCAAAAGCCUGACGUACCAGCUCCCGGCUGUGUACUCCUCUGGCGUGACGCUGGUCGUGUCGCCCCUCAUUUCCCUGAUCCAAGACCAGAUCAUGCACCUGACCAACGCCAACGUGGAGGCUGUGUGCUUGAGCAGUCGCAUGGACUGGAUGGAGACGCGCGCAGUGUACCAGGAGCUGGAGUCGCCCUACUGCAAGUACAAGCUGCUCUACGUUACUCCUGAGAAGAUUGCACGGAGCGACUCGUUCUUCCGUACGCUGGAAAUGCUGCAUCGGUCCGAGCGGCUAGCGCGGAUCGUCAUCGACGAGGCGCACUGCGUCAGCCAGUGGGGGCACGACUUCCGCCCGGACUACCAGGGCCUGAAAGUGCUCAAGCAAAACUUCCCGGCCGUCCCCGUCAUGGCCCUCACCGCGACCGCCACCGCCAGCGUGAAGGAGGACGUGGUCCAGGCGCUGGGGCUGGUCAACUGCGUGGUCUUCAAGCAGACCUUCAACCGGCCCAACAUAGUGUACGAGGUUCGGCCCAAGAAGAAGAGCCUGGUAGAGGACAUCAACAAGUUCGUGCGCGAGAACCACCCGUACGAGUGCGGCAUCAUAUACUGCCUCUCCAGGACCGACUGCGAAAAGAUCGCCAACAAGCUCAAGGAGUUGGGGCACAAGGCGCAUCAUUACCACGCCAACAUGGACGAGGCGGAGCGGAGCGGCGUGCAGCGCGCGUGGAGCGAGGACAAGAUCAACAUCAUCUGCGCCACAAUCGCCUUCGGCAUGGGCAUCAACAAGCCGGACGUUCGAUUCGUCAUCCACCACUCCAUGCCUAAGUCGCUGGAGGGCUAUCAUCAGGAGUCAGGGCGGGCGGGCCGCGACGGUCUAAAAUCCACCUGCAUUCUGUACUAUACAUACGGAGACAUGCAACGCAUCAAGCACAUGCUGACGGCCAACUUCGAGGAGCAGCGCGGGCAGCACGGGCGCAGCUACGAGAGCGCGGAGGCGCAGUUCGAGGUCAAUAUGCAAAACCUGCACCGCAUGGUUGCGUACUGUGACAAUGACGUGGACUGCCGGCGGACCCUCCAGCUGGCGCACUUUGGGGAGAACUUCGACGCCGGGCUCUGCAAGGGCACCUGCGACAACUGCGCCAGGGGGGCCACCUUCGUGGAGACGGACGUCACCGAGGCAGCGCAGCAGCUGAUCCGGAUCAUCCACGACCUCGGCCAGCGCUCCACGCUCAGCUACGUCGUGGACGUCUUCCGAGGGGCGAACACGGCAGCGGUCAAGAAGCAGCGGCACGACCAGCUGCCGCUGCACGGCGCCGGCAAGAAGUUUACGAAGGGCGAGGUGGAGCGGAUCUUGCACCGAAUGGUCUCCGAGCAGAUCCUGGUGGAGGACCUCUCCAAGAGCGAAAACUACGGCAGCAUUCUGGCCUAUCUCAGGAUCAACGACCGGCCUGCGUCGGACGUGGUCGGCGGGCGGAUGACUCUCACGGUGAAAUUCGCGGCGACCAAGAAGCCGGAACUGCCCACUACGAGCCGCAAGCAGGCGCGACCGGCGCCCGACGAGUCGCCGAUCCCGAACGCCGGGGCGCUCCCGGCCCGAGCACCCGCACCGCCACGGAUGACAGCAGAGGAGAAGGCGUUCUCUGCUCGCGUGUACGAGGAGAUCGACCGGCGGCGCAGCGCGUGGGCCUCCGAGGAGUCCAAGGGCACCAUGUUCAUGCUGCCGUACCACAUCUUCCCGAACACGACGCUGCAGACCAUCGCGAAAAAGCUGCCCGUGACGCUGGCACAGCUAGGGGAGAUCGACGGCAUCAAGAAGAAAACGAUGAAGCAGCGGGGCCCCGAGAUCGUGGCCGUCAUCCGGCAGAUGGUCGCCGACCGCGACGGCGUGCCGUACGUACCGGAAGAGGUUCCCGAGAAAGCGCCCAAGAGCCGGCGCGCGAAGCCGGCCAAGCGAGGGCGCGAGGCUGGGGACAGCGCGCAGAAAGAGCCGCCAGCGUCUCGCACAAGGGAGCGGCGGCCGUACCAGAACCCCGAGAGCGACGACGAGAUCGCAACCAUGAUGGACGACAGCGAUGAGGAGUUCGGGGCGCGUCCCCCCGCAGCCCCCGGCCCCGUAAAAAGGAGCCGGGACGGACAGGUUGAAACCCGGGACGGGCUGGUGGAUUUGGACGAGAACCAGGGGUGGCGAGAUACGAGGAGACCGAGCAGCGCGGACCUUGCGAGCCACCAAUGGGGGACGUUCCAGUUCCAAAAAGUGUAUAAAUAACGAAAAAACCGACGCUCAUUUCGCUUGUCAAGUGCCAAUAUUGCACGAGUUGUUCCAUGUAUGCGCUGGGAUAGAUAUCGUGUUCGAUUGCAUCAGAAAGUGUGGACUGUAUUUCCACUCGUAACCAGGAUUAAAGACCGACUUGGAAUGUAUUCAAACCCCUUCUUCCGACUAUAUAUGAAAGAUUCUCUUCAUAGGGUCAGAAUUCAAAGCACAAUGUUGGUUGACGGUGCCGGCCAAGGGAGAGCUGGCCAACAAUCACCUCCGGAAAUAUCAC